AUGACCUGCCAGGCCUUCAGCACCAGCGAUUCCUUCACUACUCUGAGCGGAGACUCGGCUGCUCUGCCACUGCUCAUGCAUCACACCGGUGCCGCAGACUGUCUGCCCGUCACCAGCCACACCGCCAACAUGGUGCCUUCAGUGUUAUUCCCCUCAGGUCUGCCACUGGUCCAGUCGUCCAAACGCUCUCAUAUGCACCUGUCCACUUCUGCUUUGGGCAAUGCGUCAGCCAGCCUGCACUACCCAAUGCCCCCAUGUCACUAUAGCAACCAGCAGACCACCUAUGGCAUGAUGGCAGCACAGGAAAUGCUCUCUGCCAGCAUCUCCCAGACCCGCAUCCUGCAGACCUGCAGCGUGCCUCAUGCCAACAUGGUCAAUGGAGCCAACUCGCUGCAAGGAGCUCUGGCUCCACGCUUCUAUAAGUUCCCAGAGCACAGUUUGGGUGGGGGCUCCUGUGCUUUGACCCACAGUUUACCACCGCUACCCCAGGCCCUGCUCUCGGACGAGCCCACCCUAGGUGACAUCAAGCAGGAGCUGCGCAGGAAAAGCCGGCCCCUGGAAGAGCCCCCCGACAUGGACUCACCUCAGAUCCGUGAACUGGAGAAGUUUGCUAAUGACUUCAAACUGAGGAGGAUCAAACUAGGUUACACACAGACCAAUGUGGGUGAAGCCCUGGCGGCUGUGCACGGCUCUGAAUUCAGCCAAACCACCAUCUGCCGUUUCGAGAACUUGCAGCUCAGCUUCAAAAACGCCUGCAAGCUCAAAUCCAUCCUGGCAAAGUGGCUGGAGGAGGCUGAGCAAGCCGGUGCUCUUUUUAAUGAGAAGAUGGGCAUGCAUGAGCGUAAACGCAAACGGAGAACAACUAUCAGUCUUGGGGCUAAGGAAGCCUUAGAAAGUAAUUUUGUGGAGAAGAGUAAGCCGUCAUCUCAGGAGAUUGUGCGGAUGGCGGAGGGUCUCCAUCUGGAGAAGGAGGUGGUGCGUGUUUGGUUCUGUAACCGCCGGCAGAGGGAGAAGAGGGUCAAAACCAGCCUACACCACAGCUCCUUCAUGGCCAAAGAGAUCGUGGCCUGUAGACCUUGA